GAAUUAUCCGACUCUUGCCAUUCCUGCCAUUUUUUCUUUGCUUUGCCUCUCAUCGUUGGGUUCCUAAAGGCUGUGUGAGCCGAAGCAAAAAUGGCGGAGCGGAGAAUCUCCUACGCUCCCGACGUGGAAAAUGGCGACCACCAUCGCGCCCAGCCUGAUGUCAACGACGCCGCGGGUCUCGACGAGUACGCCGCUCUCAACCGGUACAUCUCGACUGCCCGCGACAAGCGCCGUGGUUCCACCUCCAGCGCUGGAGGCUUGAGCCACAAGAAGGGCGGCCGUGGCUGCUGGCCCUUUGGCAGCAAGGGCGACGACACCGAGGAGGGCUUUGUUGCUCCCGACGAGUGGCUCGAGACCGACAUCCGUCAGGGUCUUCGUUCCGCUGAUAUCGAACCCCGUCGCAAGCGCACCGGUUACAAUGAGCUGGUCACCGAGAAGACCAACCUGUUUGUUCAGUUCAUCGGUUACUUCCGUGGUCCCAUUCUCUAUGUUAUGGAAUUGGCUGUUCUCCUCGCUGCCGGUCUUCGUGACUGGAUCGAUUUCGGUGUCAUCAUUGGUAUCUUGCUCCUCAACGCUGUCGUCGGUUGGUACCAGGAGAAGCAGGCUGCCGAUGUCGUCGCCAGCUUGAAGGGUGAUAUCGCUAUGAAGGCCUGGGUUAUUCGUGAUGGUCAGGAGGAAGAGAUCCUGGCUCGUGAGCUCGUUACUGGUGAUAUUGUCAUUAUUGAGGAAGGUCACGUCGUUCCUGCCGAUGUUCGUCUUAUCUGCGACUACGACAAGCCUGAGAUGUUCGAGGCCUACAAGGAGUUCCUUGCUACCGCCAACGAUGACACCCUCAAGGAGAAGGAGGACGAGGAGGAUGACGGCUUCGAGACCCACACCGGUGUCUCUCUCACCGCCGUUGACCAGUCUGCCAUCACCGGUGAAUCUCUUGCCGUUGACAAGUACAUGGGCGACACCUGCUACUACACCACUGGUUGCAAGCGUGGCAAGGCCUACGCCAUCGUCACCGCCACCGCCCGCUACUCCUUUGUCGGAAAGACUGCCGCCCUUGUCCAGGGUGCCAAGGACUCUGGUCACUUCAAGGCUGUCAUGGACAACAUUGGUACCUCCCUCCUGGUUCUCGUCAUGUUCUGGAUUCUCGCUGCCUGGAUCGGUGGUUUCUUCCGUCACCUCAAGAUCGCCACCCCCGAGAACUCGGAGAACUUCCUCCUGCGCUACACCCUGAUUCUCCUGGUCAUCGGUGUCCCCGUCGGUCUCCCCGUCGUCACCACCACCACCCUGGCCGUCGGUGCUGCCUACCUCGCCGAGCAGAAGGCCAUCGUCCAGAAGCUCACUGCCAUCGAGUCCCUCGCUGGUGUUGACAUUCUCUGCUCCGACAAGACCGGUACCCUCACUGCCAACCAGCUGUCCAUCCGUGAGCCCUACGUCGCCGAGGGUGUCGAUGUCAACUGGAUGAUGGCCGUCGCUGCCAUCGCCUCGUCCCACAACGUCAAGAACCUGGACCCCAUCGACAAGGUCACCAUCCUGACCCUCCGCCGCUACCCCAAGGCUCGUGAGAUCCUGGCCCGCAACUGGAUCACCGAGAAGUACACCCCCUUCGACCCCGUCUCCAAGCGCAUCACCACCGUCUGCACCUGUGACGGUGUCCGCUACACCUGCGCCAAGGGUGCCCCCAAGGCCAUCCUCAACCUGUCCGAGUGCUCCGAGGAGGAGGCCAAGCUCUACCGUGACAAGGCUGGUGAGUUCGCUCGCCGUGGUUUCCGUUCUCUCGGUGUCGCCGUCCAGAAGGAGGGUGAGCCCUGGCAAUUGCUCGGCAUGUACCCCAUGUUCGACCCCCCCCGUGACGACACUGCCCACACCAUCGCUGAGGCCCAGAACCUCGGUCUCUCCGUCAAGAUGUUGACUGGUGAUGCCAUCGCCAUCGCCAAGGAAACCUGCAAGAUGCUGGCUCUCGGUACCAAGGUCUACAACUCCGAACGUCUCAUCCACGGUGGUCUCGCCGGCUCUGCCCAGCACGACCUCGUCGAGAAGGCCGAUGGUUUCGCCGAAGUCUUCCCCGAGCACAAGUACCAGGUCGUCGAGAUGCUCCAGCAGCGUGGUCACUUGACCGCCAUGACUGGUGACGGUGUCAACGAUGCCCCCUCUCUCAAGAAGGCUGACUGCGGUAUUGCCGUCGAGGGUUCCACCGAGGCUGCCCAGGCUGCCGCCGAUAUCGUCUUCCUUGCCCCCGGUCUGUCCACCAUCGUCGAUGCCAUCAAGCUGGCCCGUCAGAUCUUCCAGCGUAUGAAGGCCUACAUCCAGUACCGUAUCGCCCUCUGUCUCCACCUCGAGAUCUACCUCGUUACCUCCAUGAUCAUCAUCGAGGAGACCGUCCGCUCUGACCUGAUCGUCUUCAUUGCCCUUUUCGCUGAUCUGGCCACCAUCGCCGUCGCCUACGACAACGCUCACUUCGAGGCCCGCCCCGUCGAGUGGCAGCUGCCCAAGAUCUGGGUCAUCUCCGUCAUCCUGGGUUGCCUGCUCGCCGCCGCCACCUGGGUGGUCCGUGGCUCCAUGUUCCUGCCCAACGGUGGUAUCAUCCAGAACUGGGGUUCCCCUCAGGAGAUCCUGUUCCUCGAGAUCGCCCUGACUGAGAACUGGCUCAUCUUCGUCACCCGUGGUGGCAAGACCUGGCCCUCGUGGCAGCUGGUGGGUGCCAUCUUCGUCGUCGACGUGCUGGCCACCCUCUUCUGCGCCUUUGGCUGGCUGUCCGGCGGUGCCUACGUCCAGUCCGACCCCAAGGAUACCGCCUACUUCACCACCAACGGUCACGUCGACAUCGUCACCAUCGUUGUCAUCUGGGCCUACUCCAUCGGUGUCACCGUGAUCAUUGCCUGUGUGUACUACCUGCUCACCAUCAUCCCCGCUCUGGACAACCUUGGCCGCAAGACCCGCUCCAAGGCCGACACCCAGAUCGAGAACAUGAUCGCCCACCUGUCCAAGCUGGCCAUCGAGCUCGAGACCGACUCGACCGGCAAGACCAAGUACACUCUGGGUGCUCGUGCCGAGCAGAUCGAGGACGACGAGUAAAUCCGUGGCUUCCUUGGUGAUUUAUUCGGCGUUUGUUAAAUUUUUUUAAACCAAAUCUUUUUUUUUUCUCCCUCUUAAUCCCCUUCAAUUCUUAAUACAUAUCCUCACACACACACAACAACAACAACAGACAUAUCACUUGGGGCACAUGCAUGCAGGGCUGUGUUGACCGGCAGCAGCACCGUUACUUUUUUUCUUACUACCACGUAUUAUAGACCUUGUUUUCUCACUCAUAUCUGGGUUCCAAGUCGAUAGAGUCACUUUUUCACUUCU